AUGGAAUUAGGCUUUCGUGAAGUGAUUGUCGCAACGGGUGAAGAGGUGAUGAUGACGACGACAACGAUGCCAAGUCAUUAUCGAAGUAAUAGCAGUACUAGCAGCAGUAAUAGCACACGUGAGAAGGGGAAGAAAGUGAAUUGUACACAUACAAUAAUGGCUACUUCGAUCUUAAAUCAUGAGGACACAUUGGAAGCUAGAGGGAAAGAGGAAUGUUUGUAUGGGAAAACAACCAAGAAGGAAAAGGACGAUGAAAAUCAAGAGACGAGUGAUAUUUUAUCAUUAUCAUUAUCAUUAUCGUCAUCAUCGACAACGUGUAGAGAAUGUAUGAAAGGCACGGUCUACGUAUCAGAUGGAUAUGAAAACAAGCAACGAUUAUUGGUCAUUGUACCAUACAGAGAAGCAGGAAUAUGGAGUCGAAGUAUCUGUAUGAAUCAAUUUGAUAGCGACAGUGACAGUGGUUCUAUGAUGUCUUAUCUGAAGAAAGCAUUGAGUGAGAAUUAUGGUAUUGUGAUCUUUAAUCCAGCAGCACAGAGUUGUCAUCCACGAGCACAUGUUGAAAAUGCAUGGGAUCGUUUGAUUGCACCAUUAUCCAGUGAUGUGUUUAUUAUUGCGUUCUCACGUGGAGCACAAAUGGUGCUUCAUCUGUUGAAUUAUGAUAAUGGAUUGGGUGUCAUGCAGGAUCGAGUCAAGGCGCUCGCACUUGUCGAACCAUCGCAUUACGUCAGUGAUAGUGACUCAUACUUUGCAAGAAGAAUGUUAGCUCGACGUGCAGUGGCGUGGAUUCUUAAUUCCAAGAUUGAUGUGGGUUGUAAGAUCCCGCAAGGACACACACGUCAUGGCUGUGUCUGUGUCUCGGCGGGUACAGUCCCGUCUAAUGUCUUGGGAAGCAGUGGUGCGUAUGCACUGGAGAUGGUCAAGAGCUCCGUGUUUGGAUCAUUUGCGGCCAGAGGUGGCGAAGCUGCAGGUAUUACAGUGAACGCAAGCAAGAUCAGUGCGUGUGGGAUCUGUCAUCGCAAGCUGACGAUGCUGAACCGACGUAUUCCGUGUUCGUGGUGUGAAGUCAAAUACUGUAGUCGCUGCUGCGAAGACAAGUUUGUGCCGGCUUUCGGCAGCUGGCGCGUGUGCUCCUUGUGCCAGUCUCUACCUUGUUUGAUUGAUCCGCGCCGUAAAAAUCGCAGCGCUAAGAACCACACGAGUCCAACGGCUGCUACUCAGGAACGCUGCAGUGUUUUCAUCCGUCCCACUGCGGAUGAUGAUGAUCCAGUGUGUUUGGGAGACUUUGAGAUUGUCAAGCUCGUGGGUCGUGACUGGUGGGCGUUGGGUGUAAUGGUAUAUGAAAUGAUCGACGGCCGUACACCAUUCAACGCGAAGACUAAUCGUCUUAUUAAGGAGCGAAUUGUAAACGUGGAUCUGAAGUUUUCGCCUCGUUUUACUGAAGAUGCAAAGGAUUUUGUAUCGAAGUUGCUGACAAAGAAUGAAAAGAAACGGUUGGGUUCGGGUGAGCGUGGUUUUGAGCAAAUUAAGACCCACCCGUGGCUUAAAGGGCUUGACUGGGACAGUGUAGAUCGUAAGGAAGCGUUGUUUGAGGGUCAGCGUGCCCUUAUGGAGAAGCACGCCAAGGAGUAUUGUACUGAAGAUAUUUUUGAGACGUAUAUGAAUACGGUGGAGGUUCCCAUUGACACUCCUGCGUCGGUAAAGAGCUCGAAUGGUGAUCUUUUCAACGACUUUGCUUUUAACUAUAUGGACGGCCCUGAAGAAGAGCAGCGAGAUGUACCGGAACCGGAUGAAGAGGGCAGUGGUGAGAACCCAUUAUCGCCCGUGUCGGCUAGCGAAAGCACUACCGAACGUUCUUCGAAGCCCAAACCUCUUAGUACGACGGAAGACACGAUGCUAGAUACAUUUUUGUCUUCAAACGGGUCGCAUUUCGAUCUCACUCAGCUACGGCCGCACCAGGCGACAGACUUUGGCGUGUCAGGCUGCUCGUCAUUGAGCUCGAUUGGAACUGACGAUGAGAAUGCCGAAGUUGUUGACCAGAUUGAUGACGAACUGGUGAUGAUAAAGAAAGUCGAGAAAAGUACACUGAUGAACGAGAAGAGGAACCCAAUGAGUCCCAGUAGGACACAACCAGUGUCCCCCUUCAAGCAAUGA